AACCUUUAGCUGUCAGACACCGGAGAUUUGAGCCUUUUACCUACCGGAAAUACUGAAAUAGAGAGUCACAUGAAAUGAGCAUCACAUGCGUGACAAUGACAACUUAGAGGUACGUGGCAUGAGAGGGACAUGUAUUUGAACACGACCCCCUUCAAACGGUGGAUCCAAUCCCAACAAAAUAACAUCCAAGGAUCAAUGGAUCAUAUCUUGGUUGGGAUGGUUUGAAUGAAUGGUUACUUCCUGCUUUGGAGGCCGUCCAUCUUGGCUUAAUUAAGCACAUCGAUCGGCUAGAGGUUUAAGUUUCGUGCGUAAAGCUUUUACAAGAAGUUUGGCUUCAAACAAAUUAAUGGAGCAGCAAAGAAAAGGCGUUUCGGUUCCUUUGCUUGAAUCUUCUUCGACAGGAGCAGCCUCCACGGCUCAAACGCUAGGAAAUAUAAUAGUUUCCGUUGUUGGGACCGGCGUGUUGGGGCUCCCUUUCGCUUUCAGAGUUGCCGGUUGGCUUGCCGGGUUGCUUGGCGUUUUCAUUGCUGCUGUCUCCAGCUACUACUGCAUGCUUCUCCUUGUUCAAUGCAGGAAAAAGUUGGAAUCAGAAGGAGAAUCAAUGGAAAUGAAAACCUACGCCGACUUGGGUUACAAAUGUUUGGGAAGAACAGGUGGUUAUCUAUCAGAAUUCCUUAUUUUGAUUUCCCAAUGUGGAGGUUCAGUGGCAUAUCUAGUAUUCAUUGCACAAAACCUUUCAUCAAUAUUCAAAGGCCAUGGCCUCACCUUGGCGUCUUACAUAUUUUUGUUAGUGCCACUUGAAAUUGGCUUGUCAUGGAUAGGCAGUCUAUCAGCUCUAUCACCUUUUAGCAUCUUUGCCAAUAUUUGCAAUGUGUUGGCAAUGGCAAUUGUGGUGAAGGAGGAUGUACAGCAAGUGGUAGGAAGCGAAUUUUCGUUUAGAGAUAGGACGGCAAUCACAUCCAUAGGAGCAUUACCAUUCGCCGGAGGGAUGGCGGUUUUUUGCUUUGAGGGGUUUGGGAUGACAUUGGCCUUGGAAGCCUCGAUGAAGGACAAAUGCUCAUUCCCUAAGCUGCUGGCCAAGGCCUUCACAGGGAUAACCCUUGUGUAUAUUUUGUUUGGAUUUUUUGGUUACAUGGCAUUCGGUGAACAGACUAAAGAUAUUAUCACUCUUAAUCUGCCCCAUAAUUGGUGGACUAUGGCAGUUCAGAUUGGCCUAUGCUUGGGAAUAAUCUUCACAUUUCCAAUCAUGGUACAUCCAAUUAAUGAGAUUGUGGAAGCAAAUUUGGAAAAGGGAAAAUGGAUUCAGAAGCUCCACCACAGAAGUGAUUAUUCAACAAGAAGAAUAGAAAAGUUUGCAAUAUAUUUGAGCCGUGCACUUUUGGUAGUCAGCUUGGCGGUCUUGGCCUCAUGCGUGCCAGGGUUCGGUAUGUUCGCCUCGCUCGUGGGAAGUACUGUAUGUGCACUGAUCUCAUAUGUUUUGCCAGCCUCAUUUCACCUAAUAUUAUUUGGUUCUUCUCUUCAUUUCUGGCAAAGAGCCUUGGAUUUUUGCAUCUUGUCAUGUGGACUGCUUUUUGCCGCUUAUGGUACUUAUAACAGUAUAGUUGGGAUUUGAAGGGUGUUGGACCCAAAUCAUACUCGAGUGGAGGCCUGCUUAUGAAACGGAAUCAGAAAUCUUCAAAAAAAGAGAUACAUGGAUAAGGUGCAAGGGAAACUGUCUUCAAAACAAUUUUGACUUUGUUUUUCAUCUGGGUUUGAAGUAGAAAUACUGUCAAUACUUUUGCUUGUGACUUGUGAGUGCUCGGAUUCUCCUUUAUUAUUUGGGCUAUAUCUAAUACUUGCAAUCAUAGUGUUGCACUGUUGCUGUUUGUUGAAAAGUUAAAAAGACUUUAGAGGGAUCAGUUUCAAUCAAUUCCCCACUUCUCAUGUUUUGCUCA